CAAAUCACUUUAGCUGGCAACCCUACAACGCAUAUGUUUUUUAAAAUACACGUGCAGGAGCAUUUAUUUUAAUUAAUGCUAUUUAUUUAAUAUUUUGAUAAAUAAAAAGAUGCCGGCAGCCGUGGCCUCAGGUGUGCAAUUGGGUGGACCACCCAAAAACAAGAAAAUCGUUUUCGACGACUCGGGAGAGGCCAUAGCCAAAGCAAAUAAAAAGGACGCCUCCCCCAAGGAGCAGGCGAAAAAGCCCACAAAAAUCCAGUUUGGAGAAGAUGGUGAAGCUGUAUCGAAGAAACCAUUCAACAAAAGUCACCAGAAUGGCCAAAAGCCUCAAAAGAUAAAGUUCGGAGAUGAUGGUGAAGCUAUAGCCCAGAAACCUUUCAACAAAAGUCACCAGAAAUUCAAUGGCCAAAAGCCAGGAUUUGAAAAGAAGCCCCAGAAGAUCAAGUUCAACGAUGACGGUGCCCCUCAGAAGCAAUUCAACAAAAACCAGCAACAAAAUGACCGAAAACCUUUCAACAAAAAUGGAGCCAAACCCGAGCAGGCCAAGAAACCGCAGAAAAUAAAGUUUGGCGAUGACGAUGAAGCCACAGAGAAGUCCAAGAAACCGCAGCGCAUUAAGUUUGAUGAGGAUGGAGCUGGGAAAAACGUGUCCGAUAGCGAAGGCGAUAGCGAUGUAGAGCUGGGAGCUGUCCUCAAAAAGCACAACAAGUACCACUCCAAGGCGGACGAGGACGAGGCGUCCCAAAAGAAGUGGUACAAUGUGUAUCCCGAUUAUCCCUCAACCGAUGAAGUGCUGGACAUGAAGGAGAACGAGCAGCUGGAGCUGUUUAAUCUCUGCAAGAGUUCCUUCGAGGCGGAGAAGAACACAUUUAAUAAACGAAACCCCACCGAUGCUCGCUGGUUGCAGACCGCUCUUCACAAAGGUACGGCCAAGGAUCGGGCAAAUGCCGGAGCCCUGCUGGUCACGAGUAAUCCUCUGGGCAAUUUGGAAGCCCUCACAACUCUGAUUGGAUUCUGCAAGCUCUCCAACAAGGUCAGCAACGAUGUGAUUGCAGUGCUGACGGAUCUGUGGCAGGAGGUGCUGCUGCCACCCAACAGAAAACUUCUGGCCAUCCACACUCGCGGUGCCGAUUGGAAGAAGCUAAAGAAGGACGAUACUCUGCACAAGGAGCAGCAGCGACGCAUCUACGCUUACUGGUAUUUUGAGAGCGAGUUGAAGGAUCAGUACCACGAGUUCCUGAAGAAUGUGAUGCAGGGACUGCAGACGGGACAGGAGCACAACAAGAACUCGUCGAUUGUGGCUGCCGCUAGACUGCUCUCGUUUGCUCCAGAAAAGGAACAGAUGCUGCUGACGAUGCUGGUCAACAAACUGGGUGAUCCCGUGCCGAAAGUCGCCUCCAAGGCCCUUCACCAUCUCAGUGAAGUGGCCCAGAGGCAUCCGAAUAUGUGCGGUGUGAUUGUGGCGGAAGCCGAGAAACUUCUCUUCAGGAACAACAUCUCGGAAAGAGCCCAACAUUUCGCACUGUGCUUCCUCUCCAGCAUCGCCCCUUCCGGCCGGCCGGAGGUCUGCACCAAGCUGGUCAACAUAUGCUUCGCUCUGUUCAAGGUCCUGGUCCAAAAGGGAGCUGUCAACAAUCGCACCAUGCAGGCCAUCCUGAGAUGUCUGCAGAAAGCCAUUGUGGAAGCUCAGCCGGCGAAGGAUAGCAAUGGGGAGCUGCUCAACAAGGAGAUGCAGGACACCAUCUACCGGCUGGUCCACUUGGCGGACAUCCGAGUCAGCAUUCAGACCCUGGGUCUGCUCCUGCAACUGAUCACGGUGAAAACGGAGAAGUCGGAUCGUUUCUACAACGCCUUGUACGUGAAGCUGUUGGAUCUGGACCUCGUCAAUGUGGGCAGCAAAACGGCGGCCCACCUGUUGCACAUCGUCCACCGCGCCAUCCACAUAGACAACCAUGUGGCCAGGGCUCAGGCGUUUAUCAAGCGCCUCCUGCAGAUCACCCUCUAUGCUCCUCCCCACAUCGCAGCCGGUUGCCUGAUCGUUCUCCACAAACUGCUGCGCAUGCGCCGGGAGCUAAUAGGAGGCAGUGGGGCAUCCGAGGAGGUGGCGGCUGGUGCUAAGGUUAUUCUUCCAGCAGAUGUUGAUCUUGACAAGUUUGGCAGCGACGAUGAAGAAGUCUACAAGGAUGUCAAGGAGGAGAAGGAAGCGGAGGAGGACAAAUCCAAACCGAAGGAGGACAAGGAUGAGAAGAGCCAGGGAUCCUCGUGGCAUCAUGCCAGUGUCGCUGCCACAGAGUCGAAGGUGCGAGAAAUCGAUUCCUGCAAGUAUGAUCCGUAUCAUCGGGUUCCUGCUUUUGCGGGAGCUGGCUAUGCUCUCCGGAAUGAGCUCUUGUUGCUGCGAAACCACUACCAUCCCACUGUCCAGGUCUUUGCAGAGCAGAUCCUGCAGCAGGCCCGCAUCGAUUACUAUGGUGAUCCGUUGAGGGAUUUCGGAUUGCCACACUUCCUGGAGCGAUUCGCGUUCAAGAAUCCCAAAAAGCUGGACAAUUCCCAGGCGGCGGAAAGUGCCACAGUGGCCCACAAGCGCUACAUUGCCCAAGGAGGUCGUGGAAAGCCUGUAAAGUCGCUCACGAAGGCCAACUGCACCGAGGACGAGAUGUUCAUCUUCAACUUCCUGGAGCACAAACGGCGGCAGGCAGAGAUCGUGGCCCAAAGCAAGAAGGAGAAGGGCGUGAAGAAGGAGGAUCCCGACGGGGAUGAAGACGCCGAAGGUGACGGAGAGUACCUCAAGGAAGGAGAGGUGGACGACGACGAAUUCGAAGCCUAUCUGGAUGGCUACUUUGGCAAGAAGUUCAAGGAUGGCGGCGAUGCCGAAGAAGAAGAUGACGAGCUCAACUUCCUCGAGGAGCUGGGCGGAGAGAUGCAGGCAGACAAAUCCAAGAAGGACAAGAAAAAGAAGAAGUCGGCCGACAAAGAAGAGGACGACAUGGAGGACAUUGACGAUGACUGGGGCGACGAUGACCUGGGAGAGGAAGACGAUGAUGAUGAGAUGGCCGGUCCUGGCGAGGAUCAUUCAGAUGACGAAACAGGAUCUAUAGAUCUAGAGCCAAUGGAGGAUGAUGAUGAUGAUGACGAGGGUUCUAUUUCCGAUGGAGACACCAGCGACAUGCCGGAGAGUCCCGAUGAAGAUGAAGACGACGAUGAUUUGGAUGCUCCACCCAAAUCCAAGCGAUCUCGCAAGGAUUCAGGAAGCAUGGUGGAUGGACGAAGCUUUGCCAAGACCCUCAAACAGAGUCAUGACAUGUCUUCGCUGUUUGCUGCCGCCGAUGACUUCUCCUCGAUGCUGGAGGAGAGCUCCAAGGUCAAGGGCCAGGGCACGAGUAAUGCCGUUUUCAACAAGGACAAGUCCUCCGCCAAGCAACUGAAGUGGGAGGAGAACCGUAGAUCGAAUACGAAGACCUACACGGGCAAGAAGUUCUCCGGAAAGUCCAAAGCCGGCAAAGGCGGAAAGCCACAGAAGGGUGGCAAGAAGCGGAAACACUAGCAUCCCGGCUAGUAGAUGGAUAGGAUAGUUAAGGAUGUAAUAAUUUUAAAGGAAAACAAUGAGAUGAUAAUUUGAAAUGCUUUAUUUUAACUGCA